AUGUGCACAGCAGAUUGUACUAACACUCAGAAUGAAAGCAGCAGCCUUCACCAGUUGCAGCUGGUCAGUUCUAUCUCACUAAGGAAGGACUUAUCAUUGGCCAUAACCCAGAUUUUUGUGUGGCCUUUUGUCUAUCUCAGCGUCCUUAUGCUUUUCACCUUCUACAGAAAACAGGCUUUCAGAACUGAAACACGUUACAUAUUGUUUGCCAACACCUUACUGACUGAUGUGAUUUUUCUUAUACUGACAGACUUUGUGGUCAUUCUCUCAUACAGCUCUGUGUUGAUGCCUAUGGCAUUCUGUAUUCCACUUUGCAUACUCAUGGAGACAGUCUCAACAUGCACACCGCUGACCAUCACUGCAAUGUGUGUGGAGCGCUAUGUGGCCAUCUGCAUGCCACUGAGACAUAGUGCUAUCUCCACCACUAGCAGAACUCUUACUGCUAUCCUUAUCAUCUGGAUCAUAAGCUACAUUAAGUCAUUUAUGGAUGUGUUUAUCCUUGUUGCAACUGUUUCACAAGAAUAUUUUUUUGAGCCUACCUUCUGUUAUUACGAGAUCAUGACACCAGAGCAAUGGCACCGCACAGUGAGGGAAAUAAUGAAUAUUAGUUAUUUUAUCAUAAUUUUACUCACCGAGUUCUUUUGCUAUUUGAUGAUUGUGCUUGCUGUCCGGACAGCCACUGUUGACAAGAAAUCAGCAGGCAAAGGUCUGCGUACCAUCUCACUACAUAUGUUUCAGCUUAUCCUGUGUACUCUUGAGAUUAUUUAUUCCCAUAUUGAAGCAGUAAUUAUAGAGCUAGAUAUACUCUUAUAUCUGUCAAUCCGCUCUUUCAACUUUAUUACAUUCAGUGUCAUCGCCAGGGCAGUCAGUCCGCUUGUCUACGGCCUAAGAGAUGAAAAAUUUUAUGCUGCCCUGCUAUACUACAUCAAAUGUAGACAAAAUCAUAUCUCAUCUGAAAACAGAGGACCAAUCACAUAAGUUUCCAGUAUAAACAAUGUUACUACUUUGAGACAGUAAGACUUCUUAAAUGCCUUGUAAAUGGCUGUUUAGCUAUUUAAUUUGUUUAUACUUAUAGUUGUAUUUCUUUUUUGUGUCAUUGAGUAAUACGGAAAAUUGAACUGAAUCUUUGGAGUGGCUUCCUGUAAGUUACUGAUCAAUGCUUAAUUAACAAGCCAUUCUUUUAAAAGAUAUUUAUCAUAAAUUUGUUUGCCACUGAACAUAUGUUUCUGUCACUGUCCUA